GCCGUUCAAAAAGUGACAGGUGGUCCGCAAACAACAUCAGCAAUCUGGGCCCACAACUACACACGCACUUCGAAAAACACAUGGUAUUCGCGCAUACGCGAUAACGCGAAUCUAGAGCUAGCCGUGGCGACUCACGGAAUAGCAGUGUUGAGGGUCAAAUGCGAAAGAUAAAUUUCGUCCGUACGUGACGGUGGUUGCAACGGUGACCGUACGGAGUUGGUGUCCGUUUUGUUUUGCAAAACCCCAACAGGUCCAACUCAAAGCAGUGCCGUGUUGUGAGGCAAAGUUGCAUCCGGAACAGUGUCGAAUCAAUCAUUGCCCAUCAUUGCAGCGCCAUAUGUGCAUGCCGUAAUUAUGAUUGCCAACCCGCGGGUGGAAGCGUUCUGAAAGUGGCAACAACAAUAGGGCGGUCUACCAACGCAAUCCACCGUAAAGGGUCGCCCGUUCGCCGUACGAAACGGAAAGAAAGCAGAAGGCAAAUAAUCAUCUUCAGAGCGUAUCGAUUUACGGCGAUGAAGAAGUAGACGAUUUGCGGUGGCCAGAAAGGUACGCGGCACGGGUUGAAAUCCCACUUCGAGAGUGUAGUCCUUGUGAUACAGCACAGGAAGAAGGAGGGCGAGAAACGUGUGCACCUUGAGGACAAAACACUUCUCGUGCAGAUCUUCUCGUGCUAGCUCUUGAAAUUUCGUCGUGCUCUGUUGCGGCGUGUGGCAGGCUGGGUUUCCGGUGGAUAGGUCAUGAAUCCGAGAAUCGUCAUCAUCGGUGCCGGAGCAGCCGGGGUGGCCGCUGCGACACGGCUCAUCGAGCGGGGCUACAAGAACGUGAAGAUUCUCGAGGCAGAAAAUCGCAUCGGUGGCCGUAUACAUACCGUACCGUUCGGGGCAAACGUUGUUGACCUGGGCGCACAAUGGUGCCACGGAGAGAAGGGCAACGUUUGCUACGAGCUCGGUUCCAAGUACAAUGUGUUCGAUUCGAACAGUGCCCGGUACGAGCGGUUCGUGCUGACACGUUCGAACGGUGAACAGAUACCGAAGGAGCGAAGCGAGAAGCUGCUCGGUCUUAUCUGGUCGAUACUGGAAACGCACAAGCACGAGCUGACCGGAUACCGGGGUUCGCUCGGUUCGUUCAUUAUGGGCAAAUUUCGGGCCCUGCUCGAGACGGCCGAAUAUGCGGACGUGAACGAUGAUACGGCGUACCAAGUGUUGGAGUUUUUCCACAAGUUUGAAAACUCGAUCGAAGCUUCCGAUAGCUGGUUCGAUACGUCCGGACCGGGCUAUCUGCACUACUGGGAGUGUGAUGGAGAUUUGUUGCUAAACUGGCGCGAUAAGGGCUAUCGGACGGUGUUGGAAAUAUUGAUGAAACGGCAUCCACUGCCCACUGCAACCGAUGCAAUCAACCUGGAGGAUUAUACGCACUUUAACAAAACGGUCGCCAACAUUAACUGGACCGCCGGACCGGACAGUCUCGUAUCGAUCCGCUGCACCGACAACAGUGUCUACGAUGCCGAUCAUGUCAUUUGCACGAUUUCGUUGGGCGUACUAAAGGAACGCUAUCAAACGCUGUUUACGCCCGAUCUUCCGCCGAUCAAGCGUAAUGCGAUCCAGGGACUGACGAUCGGUACGGUUAACAAGCUGUUUCUCGAGUUCGAUAAACCAUUCUGGGCGAAGGGUUGGCAGGGUUUAAGCUUGAUCUGGAAUCAGACCGAUCUGGACGAGGUGCGCAAAAUGCCCGACAGCUGGAUGGAGGAUGUGUUCGGGUUUUACAUCGUGGACUAUCAACCGAACGUACUUUGCGGUUGGAUUUCGGGCAAAAAUGCACGCCGCAUGGAGCGGGCCAGCGACGAGGACGUGAGGCGUGCGUGUAUGUUUUUGCUGCGAAAGUUUAUGAAAGGUUGCACCGUUCCGGAACCGGUCCGGUUUCAGCGUACCAGCUGGUACUCAAAUCCAAACUUUCGCGGAUCGUAUACGUUCCGAUCGAUGACGACCGAUCUGCUGAAUACGUCCGCGUCCCAUCUGGCCAUCCCGUUGACGAACACGUGUGGCAUGCCGGUCGUACAGUUUGCCGGUGAAGCUACACACGAUCACUACUACUCGACCGUGCACGGCGCUGUUGAGACGGGUUGGCGCGAAGCGAACCGAUUGAUCGAUCUUUACGACAGGUUAAUACCACCCUUCAAUCAUGGCCCGAAAGCGUACGUUGACGUACUGAUCCUUGGCGCUGGUAUUGCGGGACUUGGUGCCGCUAAACAACUGCGUAAUUCGGGCAAAAGCUUUGCCAUCCUCGAAGCACAAUCUUCCCCCGGUGGACGCAUUAGUACGAAAGCGUUAAAAAAGCAUCACGUGGGUGGGAAAGGUUGUCAGUUGGUGGAAGCCGGUGCCCAGUGGCUACACGGACGUCAAAAUGAGCUACACGAGAUAGCCAAGCGGAAUGGAUUGCUUCGAGAGGAAACGUCCGAGGAGGGUUUGGGAGAGUUUUUGCGUGACGACGGAUUUCGGAUAGACGAUCAUCUCGUCAAGCGGGUCGACUUUAUUGUUGGCCAAAUUUUAGAGCAAUGUGAAGAGUUUGCUGCACGUGCAGCCGGUAGUGAUCGUGACGCAUCGUAUCCAGUAUCGUUAGAGGCAUAUUUACGCGAGCAAUUCCGAAAGCGCACGGAUAAGGAUUUUACCACCGAGCAGAAGGUGCUGGCACAGCAACUGCUCGACUGGCACUGUCGGUUUCAAAUCAUCGACAAUUCGUGCCUGCACGUGUCGGACAUUUCGGCAAAGCUGUGGGGCAGCUAUUCAUUUAAUGGCGAAAGCUGCCAGGCACACAUUAACAUGCGGUACGGCUUUCAGGCACUCGUUAGCUGUCUGAUCGAAGAGAUCGGCAUGGAGAAGAUCGUGUACAAUAAGGCGAUCUGUGAGAUCCGUUGGUUGGAUGGACGCAGCAAGGUGAUUGUGAAGUGUACCGACGGUACGAUUUACUGCUGCCAGCAUCUGAUUGUAACGUUCUCGCUGGGCGUACUGAAGGACACGAUGGAUCAACUGUUUCAGCCAAACCUACCGGCAAGCUACAGUCGCUCGAUCCGUAGCAUCGGGUAUGGAACGAUCGAUAAAAUCUUUCUCCAGUUCGAGGAUGCAUGGUGGGGCAAAGCGGAAGGUAUACAGCUGGUGUGGCGGGAUGAGCUACGGAAGGAUUCACACUGGACCCGGUUCAUCUCGGGAUUCGAUGUGCUCAGUCCGGGUCCACCGAACACACUGCUCGGCUGGAUCGGCAGCUACGGAGCGCUCGAGAUGGAGGCGCUUAAUGAUGAACAGAUCGUGAGCGAUUGUGUGUUCAUUUUGGAGAAAUUUACCAAGAAAAAAGUACCUAAACCCGUCAAUUAUUACUGCACUAGAUGGAACUCCAAUCGUUACAUUCGUGGUUCUUACAGUUACACCUCGGUUAACUGUGACCACGAGCACAACUUUAUGUCCAACCUAACGGAAACGCUCGUAUGCAAUCAGUACGACAAAUCGGGUGAAGAAUCACGUAAAAAGGAAUCCUUUUCGGCAAUAAAUGCUUCCUCGGUAGUGGCACAAACGGCUACAAUGCGUACGGGGACGUCCACGAGCAACACCAGUGGCCACAGUACGAGCAGCAGCAAUAGCAGCAACACACUUACUAGUGUCCCGAUAGCAAACCUUAGCACCAACAAUACUCCCAACAAGGUUAUGGCAAUACAAAAGACCACUGACUCUAUAGGCGGCAAUAUUUCCAACAAUUGUUCGAGUUCCGCCUCCAGCACAACCACACCCGGUACAAAAGCAGCAGGUUCGAGCAAUAGUAACGUUAACAGCAGCAUUAAAACGAGUGCCACAAUCCAUUUUGCUGGGGAAGCUUGUCACGAACGGUACUUCUCUACCGUCCACGGUGCAUACCUGUCCGGGAUGGAGCAGGCAAAGAAGAUCAUGAUGCUCAAUCAACACUAACUUCUACCAAUGACUUCCUAGCGUGAAGCUACGAAACCUAAUAAGCGCAACACUACAAUCGUAACGAAAUCAAAAACACCGUCAAACUUAGCAAAGCAGACCAAAAAUAGAUACAGAUAUAGAAACACAGAUCAGAUAAACUACAAGCAAAAAAAGGAACACAAUUAUAAGAAAGUAAAAGCUCGUGUAAGCUAGUAAGAAGAAGUUGAUAAUUAGUCAGUAAGCGUGUAGCAAAGCAAUCCCAAACAAACAAAAUCCCGAACAUAACCGGGAACAACACUUGGGUAGUAGUAGAAACACUUACCUAGAGAACUAAGGAGAAAGUGCCCAAAAAUGUGCGCCUAUCUAUUUACUUUUAGCGCUCAUUGCAAAUGAGAAGAUUAUACGUUAAGAUCAGCUAGGAAAGCUAGAAGCUAGUAUACGUAGGCUCAAUACAUUCAAUGUAUUUUCAUCUUCCAUAGCGCUAAGUAGUUCCAAUUUUUUUACUUCCAUACAAAUUGUGUUCUUCCAUUUAUUGUCCUCAAUUAUUAAACAUGCAUGGGUAAAUGUUAAGUUGAACUUUUUAAAGCGCAUUUGUUAACUUCAGUGUAGGCUCAGGUCUGCACGCAUGUCACAUCGUUUGUGAGUAAGUUUGAGAGAGAGAUUUUCCUCCUGCUUGAGGAUUCGUUUCUUUAGCAAAGUGGCGAAAGCAAUGUAGGGUGCAGUUAGACUGCAAAAAGCAAAAAAAGAAACUGUAGAGCUUUCCGCCGUUUCUAUUUUAUAGAGCAAUCUAGAAAAGAAUAAAUAAUUCAAAACGUGUAA